UUGUUUCUAUUCCCGCUUGUGUUCUUGUCGCGUGCGAUGGUGUGAUUCUGCUCUGGAACAUUCGGGAACUUAAUUCAUAACUUAAACAAAAUUACGUAUACAAGCAUGAAAUACUACAAUUAUAGUGAUUACGGAAGUGGGAGCUCGGUGGAUUCGUCUUCGUUAAGCCAAGAUAUUCCACUUCGUUCAAAUCUGUCUUCCGAUUGGAAUGCCACCAAGUCAUCCAGCAUUGCCAAUCUGAUGAUCGGUAAAUGCUCUCUGGAUGACGCGAUGAAGGAGUUCAGACUGAACGGCUUGGAUUCUCCGUACAAUCCCGACGAGGACAACAUCUGGAGCGCGCGAGCAGUUGCAGAUACAUCGACCCAAUGGAACACGUACUCCAGGCAGGUGUCGUGGCCAGCCCCCGAACGGUCUCCCAAGGUACCGCUCCCGGGCUCUCACUGGACUUCCGGUCUGAGCAGCCCUCCUGUGCGCAAUGAGACCCUGACACCUCCUGCCGCCAACCAAGUGCAGCCCACCGAGGAGCAGCUGCGGGUGCUGAGCUCGCUGCCGGACGCCGUGCUCUACACCCUGCUGAGGAAGCUGGAGAGAAUCCGGGGAGACGACGCGACUAGGACGAAUGAAGAGUGCCGCUUCUGCAAGAACAACGGCGAGCGCGCGGCGUACUACCGCUCGCACGCGCUGCGCGACGCCGCCGGCCGCGUGGCCUGCCCCGUGCUGCGCGCCUUCGUGUGCGCGCGCUGCGGGGCCCGCGGGGACGCCGCGCACACCGCCAAGUACUGCCCCCGCGCCACACGAGACGGUACGUACCGCGCCCCGCACACCCGCCCCCCGCGCACCCGCCCGCCGCGCACCCGCCCGCCGCGCACCCGCCCGCCGCGCACCCGCCCGCCGCGCACCCGCCCGCCGCGUGGCCUGCCCCGUGCUGCGCGCCUUCGU